CAGUGGCCUUUCCUCCCAGUCCAGAGAGGCAGCUGAGGCGGGUGAUGGGUUCCCGCUGUGCCAAGAUUGGCAUGGGCCACAGCCGGGGCCACGAAUACUCCAUGAAGAAGCUCGUGGCCUGCGUGAGCCAGGAUAACUUCUCCUUGUCAUCGGAGGGCGAGGAGGAGGAGGAGGGCGAGGAGGAGGAAGAGGAGGAGGAGGAGGAGGAGGGAGAAGAGGAGGAGCUCCCAGUGCAGGGCAAGCUGCUGCUGAUGGAGGCCGGGCAGCAGGAGGAAGGGGCCGAAGACACCGACUCGGGGGCCCAGCAGAGCCCCGAGCCCAAGCAGACACGCUCCUGACCUGCGACGUGGCGGAGGAAGAGGAGCCUGACACUGUUCCCGAGAGGAGGAGAGCUUUCAGAAAAGAGUCAAUAAAGAGUCUCCAAGGAA